AUGGGUCUGAAAGCCAAGGUCCAACCAUUGAUGGAAGAGACCCCGGUCAGGGUAGCCGUGCGCAUUCGGCCACUGUUGCCCAAGGAAAAGUUACACGGGCACCAGACCUGCCUCCAGGGAGACCCUGAGAAGAAGGAGGUGACUUUGGGCCACAGCCAACGUUUCCAGUUUGAGACCAUCUUCACCGAAACAUCAGACCAGGUCUCUGUGUAUGCCACCUGUGUCCAGCCCCUGGUGGAAGCGUUCCUGGAAGGCUUUAAUGUCACCGUCUUUGCUUACGGCCAGACCGGGUCGGGGAAGACCUACACCAUUGGAGAAGCACGUGUCUCUUCCAUCCGUGAGGAUGAGCAGGGCAUAAUCCCUCGAGCCAUGGCUGAGGCCUUCAAGCUGAUGGAUGAGAACGAUCUGCUCAACUACACGGUCCGCGUCUCUUAUCUGGAAGUGUACAAGGAGGAGUUCCGAGACUUGUUGCAAGUGGACACAGCCAGCAAGGACAUACAGAUAUGGGAGGAUGACAGAGGCAAUAUAGUGCUGCACGGGGUGAAGGAAACUGAAGUGGAAGGUCUGGAUGAGGUUCUGAGCCUGCUGGAAAUGGGCAAUGCAGCCAAGCACACGGGAGGCACCCGCCUCAACAGGAAGUCAAGUCGCUCCCAUACCAUCUUCACUGUGACCAUGGCACAAAGGCAGAGCAGCAACUGCCUCGCUCGCUUCGCCUGCCCAGAGAAGACUUUGGCUCCAACCUCUGGGCAGAUCCUCACUUCCAAGUUUCACUUUGUGGAUUUGGCCGGUUCUGAGCGGGUGAUGAAGUUGGGGUGUACCGGGGAGAGGCUGAAGGAGAGUAUCCAGAUCAACGCCAGCCUCUUGGCCUUGGGAAACGUCAUCAGUGCCCUGGGAGACCCACGCCGGAAAAGCAGCCACAUCCCAUAUCGGGAUUCCAAAAUCACCAGGAUCUUGAAAGGCUCUUUGGGCGGGAACGCCAAAACGGUGAUGAUCGCCUGCGUUAGCCCUUCCUCCUCCGACUUUGAUGAGAGUCUGACAACUCUGAAUUAUGCCCGGUGGGCUCAGAAUAUCAAAAAUUGGGCCGUGGUGAAUUGCAGCAAGGAGGUGGAGCCCGUAGAAGCCCUACAGCUGCGUCUCAAGAAGUUUCAGAGGGCCCUGGAACAGAGACACCGCUCGGAGACUCGCAUCAUCCGUCGAUCGGAGGUGCCCAUCAAGGGUCACGUGGAGGAAAACGUGGCUCGCUUACGAGCUGAAUGCAACCACUACCGGACUUGCACAGAUGCCGCCUAUCAGCUCUUGAUGGAGCUGCAAGGCUAUUUGACAGAGGAACAGGGGCUCCAAGUGAAGGGCUGGCUGUGUGCAGUGGAAAACGGGGCCGGUGAGCUGAGCUUGAUCUCUGGCGUAGACAGCGGGAUCGGAAGCACUUCGGCUGAGGAGCUGCACUCCAAAACUUCCAGUUCCAAACUGGUCAAGACUCAGGAGGAGCAUCAACGAGGACCCGAGAUGGUGAGAAGGGAGGAGGUGGUGAGGCUGGAGGAGCAAGUAGAGCGCUUAGAGAAGGAGAACCAGGAUUUCUUGGCUGCCCUUGAGGAUGCUAUGGAGCAGUACAAAGCCCAGGGCGCCAAAUUGCGAGAACAGGAAGAUACCAUCUCCGAACUUCAGAAGUACCUAAAGAUGCCCCAUUUGGGCAUGCCUGAACUGCUAGGGAUUGUCCCCCUGGUGAAGCUUGACCAAAGGCCACACACAGCUCCUGUGGAUGCACACCAGUCCCACCACUGGCUCAAGCUUGCCUGUAAUAAUCCCAGUAAGUUAUCUCAGGGAAGUAUCCAAGUGAACAGAACCCACAGCUGGAGCAAAGAGGAGCUUUCAACCAAAAAGAAUAAAAAAUACAACUCAAAAUCCCCAGAGGCAGCUCAGGAUAAAUCUUUGGAACUGUCUAAAGAUGGUAGGCAACAGGAGCUGGGCAGUCCAGCAGGGAGCUUUCCAGGCAAGGAUUCAGAAUGGCAGCUGCUUCAGGCCCACCAGAAGAUCCGUGAAUUGGCCAUCAACAUCCGUAUGAAAGAGGACCUGAUAGUAGAGCUCAUUAAGACAGGCAAGCAUGCUCAGGCCAUGAACAAGCAGUACCAGCAGAAGAUCCAACAUCUGGAGGAGGAAGCCGAGGAGGUGCGGGUGGAGCUGAACGAUGGCCAGAGGCAGUUGCAAGAGCUGCAAAGCAAAGAACCGCGUGAUCCUGCCGAAAAGUGGAAACUCCAGGAAUAUCGCAGCAAAGUAGAAGCUGCUCAGAGCAAGGCGAAGAUCCUGCAGGAGAAGAAGCGGGUGACUGAAAGACUAGCCUCCUUCUCUGCUCAAAACGAGAAACGCCUGCUGGAGCUAGAGAGGAACGUGCAGCUGAUGCGGCAGCAGCAAGGGCAGCUUCAGAAGCGCUUGCGGCAAGAAGUGGAGCAGAAGCGACGCUUGGAAACGGAGAUGCAGAAGAGGCAACAUCGGGUCAAGGAGUUGGAGCUGAAGCACGAGCAGCAUCAGAAGAUUCUGAGGAUCAAAACUGAGGAAGUAGCUGCCUACCAGCGGAAGCACAGGAGCGGCAGCAAUGACUCCAUGAUCAGCCUAGAACAGCAGCAGAAAAUUGAAGAACAGAAGAAGUGGUUGGAUGUAGAGAUGGAAAAAGUCCUCAAGCAACGGCGGGCCCUGGGUGAGCUGGAAGAUGAAUUGACCAAGAGAGAAGCUAUUGUUGCCAAGAAAGAAGCUCUCCUUCAGGAGAAGAACGACCUGGAAAACAAGAGACUCCGGUCUAGCCAGGCUCUGAAUGAUGACAUUCUUCGUGUCUCCAGCCGUCUUGAGUACCUGGAGAAAGAGCUAACCCAGAGGAACGGGCAGCUUUGCCACAGCAGCGCACAGGACCAGCAGCACAUCCGGCAAGAAAUUAAUAACUUGCGGCAGGAGAAGGACCAGUUGCUCAAGCAGAGAUUGGAGAUUGAUGAGAAAUUACAUCAGGGCACCUUGCUAUCAGCCGAGGAGGAGCGGAUACUUUUCCAGCUGGAUGAAGCCAUCGAAGCCCUGGAUGCUGCCAUAGAAUAUAAGAAUGAGUCCAUUACUUGCAGGCAGCGAGUUGUGAGGUCCUCCGCCAGCCUUCUGUCCCAAUGUGAGAUGAACCUUAUGGCAAAACUCAGCUACCUCUCUUCUUCCGAGACCCGGGCACUUCUUUGCAAAUACUUUGAUAAGGUGGUGACCUUGCGGGAGGACCAGCACAAGCAGAGUGUGGCCUUUUCUGAACUGGAAAUGCAGCUGGAGGAGCAGGUCCAGCUGGUGUUUUGGUUGGAGGUGGCCCUGGAGCGUCAACGCUUGGAGAUGGACCGCCAGCUGACCUUGCAACAGAAGGAACAUGAACAGGACAUUCAGCUUCUGCUCCAGCAGAGUCGGGAGCACAUAGAAGGGCAGGGAAACAGCAGGCUUCAGUAUGAGCAAAAGAUCCAGACGCUGGAAAAGGAAUUGGCUCAUUGCAAAUGGCGAAACGAGGAAUUAAACCAAAAGUUAAAGCAGUCAGAGGGACACAGCGGAGGUAUGGAUAGACCCCAUUCACUCAGCACAUAUGAAGAUUUUACCAAAAAUAGCCAGCCCCAGGACUUGGUGCAUACGCCGUUACCGUCCACGUGGAGGCGCUGCUCACUUUCUAGUGCCAAUAACUUGAUAGUGGAAGAUUUUCGUCAAAUGGAGACAGAUUAUCUCGUAAGGUCUAACCAAGCCAAGGAGAUUCCUUUGCCGCCCAGAUCCCGGAAGGAAUUGCACCGGGCCAGCCAGAAUGCCAUUCCUGGAUUGUCUUACCCAGAAAUCAUUGAUGUCAGAAAAAAUCCACUCUAGUUCUGAGAUGUUGACUGUGUUCCAUCUAAAAUAAGCUAAUAAGAGCCUUCUGAACGUAACUGCUCAUAA